CUGCCCGAUGCUAUGAGGCUCGCAUUUUCGUGAGGCCUCAUAUGCCGAAUCAGCCCUCUUCCGACAUAUGGCGACCUUUUCUCUUUGUUUCAUCAGACAUUAUAAAUUGCUGACCGCUGGCUGCUUUAGCCUGAAUUCCUUGCUCUAUGUCUCUAUCCUCUGCUCGUGUGCUCCGUACCCUACUUAAGCGUCCCCUUCCCUCGACCUCUUCCCGACGAGCAUCCAUCCACAUCUCAUCCAUCAUGUCUUCCUCAGCAUCAGUCGCUCCUGCUCCCGCAGCAAACAUCACCCAAAGCCACCCCCCAGCUGUCUCUUCAAGGCAAUCAAGCGCCGACUACGACACUGCAUACCCCAUCGAGGUCCGCAAGUACCUCCGCACAUACGGCCUCACCCCUCCCGCCGUCGAGAGCUUCGAGACACAAGAAAAGAGAUGCCUCCAGCUCCUCGAGAACAAGCAAAAUCCCAUUGACAAGUACCAAUACCUCACUCACCUGAGAAACACAAACGUCAACCUCUUCUACCGUCUCUUGUCCGGCAACGUCAAGGAGAUCACUCCCGUCAUCUACACUCCCACCGUCGGCGAGGCUUGCCAAAGAUGGUCAGAACUCUACACUCAACCUGAGGGCAUGUACCUCUCCUUCUCCGACAAGGGCAACCUCCACUCCAUCAUCCAGAACUGGCCCCACAACGUCGAGAUCACCGUCGUCACUGAUGGCUCUCGCAUUCUUGGUCUCGGUGACCUUGGUAUUAACGGCAUGGGUAUUCCUGUCGGCAAGCUCGCUCUCUACACUGCCUGCGCUGGUAUCAGACCCGAUGCCACCCUUCCCUUGACUCUCGACUUGGGCACCAGCAACGAGCAGCUCCGCAACGACCCUCUCUACUUGGGCAGCAGACGUGACAAGGUCACUGCCGACGAGGAGCGUGAGUUCCUCGACGAGCUCAUGGCCGCUCUCACCGAGCGCUGGCCCGGUAUCGUCAUCCAAUACGAGGACUUCAAGAACCCCUUCCCUUCGCUCGAGCGUUACCAGAACACCUACACAAUGUUCAACGACGACAUUCAGGGUACCGGUGCCGUCAUCCUUGGUGGUUUCAUCAACGGUGUCAAGCAAUCCAAGGUCGCCGCUGCUGACCAGCGUGCCGUCUUCUUCGGUGCUGGCUCUGCCGGUGUCGGUGUUGCCAAGCAGCUCGUUGAGUUCUUCAUGAACGAGGGUCUCACCGAGGACCAGGCCAGAAAGUGCUUCUGGCUUGUUGACUCCAAGGGUCUCAUCACCAACGACCGUGGUGACAAACUUGCCGAGCACAAGCUCUACUUCUCUCGUGACGACAACGAGGGCAAGCAGUACAAGACCCUCGAGGACGUCAUCGAGUACGUCAAGCCCACUAUUCUCAUGGGUCUCAGUACCAUCGGUGGUGCCUUCACUCCUGAGAUCAUCAAGCGUAUGGCCGAGUUGAAUAAGAUGCCCGUCAUCUUCCCCCUGUCCAACCCCAGCAGCAAAUCUGAGUGCACCUUCGAGGAUGCCAUCAAGUACACCGAGGGUCGUGUCCUCUUCGCCUCUGGCUCCCCCUUCCCUGCCCUCGAGUACAACGGCAAGACCCUCGAGCCUGGUCAGGGCAACAACAUGUACGUCUUCCCCGGUAUCGGUCUCGGCGCCAUCUUGUCCAAGGCCGUCAACGUUACCCAGUCCAUGAUCUACGCCUCUGGAAAAGCUCUCUCGGAGUCUCUUCUCCCCGAGGAGAUUGAACAGAACCGGAUGUACCCUGACAUUCGCCGCAUCCGUGAGGUCAGCGUUGUUGUCACUUGUGGUGUCAUCCGUGCUGCUCAGAAGGCCGGUGUUGACCGCGAGCUCGGCCUCCGUAACAUGGACGACAAGGCCUUGACCGAGUACGUCCAGAAGCGCAUGUACGAUCCCUUCACCGAGGGUAAGAAGGUCCAGGAUGAGGUCAAGGAGCUCGCUUCCCACCUGUCCAAGCUCUAAACGGCUGGCAUCAUCUCAAAAGUUGUUUGAUCUUUGAUUACGUUUUCUUCUUCAGCUCUAUUUGGACGGAUCCUACGAGAUCGUUUGCAUAUACACCGGCCAGGUUAGGCCAAGGUGGUCCGAGAUAGACGCCGCUGUUGGAGCGGCCGGUUACAGGCGGAACGUUGUUGUGGACGAACGGGUGUUCGUGGCAUGACAGCAGGAUAGGACCGAGAUGGACGUUUGAGAUGAUACGAUUGUUUUAUCUCACGUUGAUGUGCAGCACAAAAAAGGGCCGACCCUCGGCGCUGGGGUCUGGCAAGCAUUGAUUUUCUUACGACAGCGAUGGAGUUUGAUACUUGUUUUUUUCUCUCUCUUUUGGAUGAAGAGUCCAAUACCUAAUGAAUACAUUCGAUCACUUCUA